AUGACUGCCUUCUUUUCUCUUUCCUUUUCAAACCAGGGCUAUCAUCCAUUGCCAAAUGAAGCCGAAAUUGCACACACCAAAAAGUUAUUCAGGAGGAGGAGGAACGAUCGGAGGAGACAAAGGGCUCCAGGAGGGAAUAAGCCUCAGCAACAUGCAGAACACCCGCAAGGGACAGCCAAACACAACAGGGAACACCAGAAGCCCUCGCAGGGGAACCAAGCCCCCCACCCCUCAGGGCGGCCCAGCCACCACGGCUACAGCCAAAACCGGCGGUGGCACCACAACCAGAAGCCCUCGCCCAACGACAAAGAGACGCACCGAAAUGCCAAAGAGACCGAGAACCUGAAAAUCGAAGAUGCCUCCGUCUGCACCGUGCACAUUCCCUUGGAGAUGCACCGCAGCAAUGACGCCACAGAGAGGCACGGCCCGCCGUAUAGUCAAGAUUCGGAAAGCAGGCGGAAAGACAGCCUCCACGAACGGAUAAGCGAGAGGCCCAAAAUCAACCUACUCCAGUCUUCCAAAGACAGACUACGCCGGAGGCUAAAAGAAAAGGACGAAGUGGCCGUGGAGUCUACCAGCCCACAGCAGAACAAAAUGGACAAACUAAUUGAAAUUCUCAACAGCAUGCGGAACAACAGCCGCGGGGUGGACUCCAAGCUCACCAGCUUCAUGGAGGAGGCCCAGAACUCCACCAACUCGGAGGAGAUGUUGGGGGAGAUUGUCCGGACCAUCUACCACAAGGCGGUGACGGACCGCAGCUUCGCUUCCACGGCCGCGAAGCUGUGCGACAAGAUGGCGCUCUUCAUGGUGGAAGGCACCAAGUUCCGGAGCCUCCUUCUGAACAUGCUCCAGAAAGACUUUACGAGGCGAGAGGAGCUGCAGCAGAGCGACGUGGAACGCUGGCUGGGCUUCAUCACCUUCCUCUGCGAAGUGUUCGGCACCAUGAGGAGCAGCACCGGGGAGCCCUUCCGAGUCCUCGUCUGUCCCAUUUAUACCUGCCUCAGGGAGUUGUUACAAUCUCAGGACAUAAAGGAGGAUGCCGUCCUUUGCUGUUCAAUGGAGCUGCAAAGCACCGGCAGACUUCUGGAGGAGCAGCUGCCCGAGAUGAUGACGGAGCUCCUGGCGACAGCCCGGGACAAGAUGCUGUGCCCCUCGGAGUCCAUGCUGACCCGGUCCCUCCUCCUCGAGGUCAUAGAGCUGCACGCCAACAACUGGAACCCCCUGAUGCCCACCAUCACACAGUACUACAACAAGACAAUCCAAAAACUUACGGCCUGAAAGGGAGCCGAGGACGAGAGAGAGAUAACAGGAAGACACGCACUUUAAAAAAACAAACAAGAAAUACACAGAAAAGGGGGGAGGGACGGAAACGGAUUUGGGAAGGAACUGAGCUGCACAGCAUUCCGAGGAGGGGCUGAGAGACCCUUUAUGAUCCGAUCCCCUAAGAAGACGAAUCCCAGCAUGCUUUAGAAUAUGUUCGUGGGGGCGAAGCAUGUUUCCUUUUCAGCCAUGCCCUGAAGUGCCGCCACGGCCAGCCCUCUCUCUCUCUCUCUCUCUCUCCCUGCUGUGUUUUGUUUUAGGGUCCCCCUUUUCAUUAAACCCAUUGCUUGUUUAGCUCCAUACCCUGCGGGGUCAUUGUCUGGGAUCAGAAAGAACACGGAGGGUUUGAAUAGCCAAGCGGAGAGCAGGCGUGGAUGGCUUUCACGGCAUUCUCCUGGCCUGCACCGGCCAACUGGCGGAAGGCGGCUCACAGCAGAUGUCUUGGGGGGGACACAAAGGCAGACACGUUCCACACCAGACGCUGGUAAUUGACAGCUUUUGUCAAGCAAAGAGACCCCCCCUUUUUCCCCCACCCCCCUUUCUUCCACUUCUCUGGUUGUCCGGAGUUGGUCUCCCUCCCUCUGGUUGCUACCAAGAAACCCUUUCCAGAUAAGGCAUUUGUAAAAGAUGGGGUUGUUUCCUCUUUCUUUUAAAAGAAAAUUUUGCACUGGGUUGUUUUUUUUUCUCAUUUUAUUUUAUAUACCUAUGUAUACGUAUAUCUCCUAUGUACACCGACAAAUUGCUAUCAAGUUUCUUGAAAAAGCAAAGAUAACGGCCACCCGAGCUCGAGGAGGUUUGCUCAAGGACCCCGAAGCGAGGGAGCGAAAACGCGAAAACCACUUUGGAAGUAUUAGCGCCGCGAGAUGUCUUGCCAAGAGCCCGUUCCUGGCCCCGUUUGUGUACAUGUUUAUCAGUUCUGUGGCAUUCCUUUGGAAUCACUUCCAGGAAAAAAGGGGCCAGUCUGUAAAUUUUGAUUGCUGUAGGAAGUGUAAGAUUUACACGUGGCAAGGGCAUCAAAUACAGAUGCCGUUACGGAGUGCACACGCAUCUUUGAACGCCUUGGUAUACUUGUUUCAGAAGCUCAGCCUAGUCAGUUUCCCGGUGGGACAAGGUUGCCAAACGUCCAUCUAAGAAAGAACAGCGUCCUGCAUGCCGUGAUGUCACUUCCGGCAAUUCCUAGAGCUACCUGACAUCCCUUCUGGGUUUCCCCAGAAAUUAUGCCAAGUGCACACAUUGCUAGGCACCCUCUCUCCACACCCAAAAAGCUCCUUCCAUUUCCUAGCUGAGAACUGGAGCCUUUCAGAGUUACUGCAGAGAUCUGUUUCCCCUUAGGAUGAAACGGUACGCAAAGCGGGCCGACCUGGAUCACACGUCUCGCUACGGACCUCCUCUGCCAAUUCUGCCCUCUACAAACACCCCGAAGCUCCAGGAAUUUCCCAAGCUGCUGUCAGCAAUCUUGUUUUCCCAGCAGGUGUUCAAAGAUGCACGUGUACACACGCGAAUGACCAGACUUGUUUGUUGCAAGAUGGGAGGCCAUUUUGCGCAGCAAUCGUAACACUCACCGUAGCUUUAGCCAUGUCAAGAUGAUGGCUGGAAAAGGUAUAUUCAUUGCUCUCGGAAGCAGCGGUCUUGUGGCUGGGCUCUUUGAAGGAUGCUCUGACGCAUGCCUAAAUAAAAGGAGUUCAGAGGGUGAUA